GCUCUUCCAUCCCUUAUCUGUAGUCCCCACCUCUCAAGCGACAACAUGGCUAGCAAGUCGAGUCAUCCUCGAAGUUCGGAGUUUUAUUGGCAGUCCGUCAUUUUCCUGGUUGGAGGUCAAUUGUACCAAGUUCCCCGCCAUCACUUCGAGAAAUCUUCUGAUAUUUUUGCCUCUAUGUUCUCCUUACCUCCCGACACGGAGAGCGCUGUAGCGGAUGGUUCGGAUGACGACCACCCCAUUGAAUUGCAGGGUGUAGAGAGCAAAGAUUUCGAAUGUCUUCUUAAAGUUUUAUUCACAGAUGCAAGGGUAGAAAGUACUCCCUUGCUUCCAGAAGAGUGGCUUUUGGUGCUGCGCCUGGCCAAUAUGUGGGUCAUGUCAAAAGUCCGCCAAAUCGCUAUCUACGAGCUCAAAAAACUGAGCUUGACGGAUGUUGCCCGAGUCGUGUAUGGCAGAGAAUUUGCAGUGUCUGAAUGGGUGAUUUCAGGCUAUCGUGAUUUGGUUGACCGCAGAAAUGCAGUAUCCGAAGCUGAAGCUCAGCAGCUCGGUUUAACGACCACCCUUCAGUUAUGGCAGGUCCAGAUGAAACUCGUCACUCGUAUGCCGAUGGGCGCAAUGGGUUCCGCUUAUGGAUACAGGCCACCUCCGACACCACGUGACGUAUUCUUAAAUGAAGUAUUUGAAGCUGAGAUUGAAGAUAUUAAUAGAAGGGCCGAAGCAUUCGGUGAUGAUCUCCCGAUACCAAAUCUUUUGUCGUAGGCAGGUCAAUUAUGUAUAUGAGAAAAG